AAUUCUCCCCAUUCUCAUGUAAACGGAUCCGGCGAAUGGACAUAUGUGGCCGGGGGGAGCCCACUUUGUUUUCUCACAAAAAGCCAUAUUGCAUCAUUUAAUUUGCUCAAGUCAUGCAAAUAGGCAAAAAUCAAUAGAACAAAAAGGGGUCGACUUAUCGUAGCGCUGCCCACACACGGAGCUGCUCGCUUAUGGCGAACGAGUAACAACAACACCAUUGUGUGUUGGCUUCGCUAAUGGCUGGAGCCGGGGACCAGCCGCGGACCAGCCGGGGACCAUCAUUCUCCCUCAGCUCCUGAGCCCACAUCCCUAAGUGAGUCACCAGUCCUCAUCCCCCCUGUCCUCACUUCCCAGGUCACCAGCUCCACAGCCCAGGGCUUCCUCCUCCAUCCUCAGCUUCUCGGGCCAUCGGUCUUCAGGUCCCCCGAUCGGUCCUCGCUCCACCGACACCUUGGUUCUCAGCGUUCGCCACAGCUUACAACCGAGCGCUCACCUGCCGUGGGGUCCAGCCCCCUAGCAAACUUACACCAACUUCCACAUGAUCAAAAGGUUUUACCCCAUUUUUAGCUAAAAGGCUUCAGCACCAGUAACAGUGCACAUGCACGAAAACACGCACAUGCAUGUCUGUUGACCGUCCUGCUGCGUGACAGUUACUACCGUCAUGCUGAGACCAUAUGAGACCGUCAUCGCCAGGAACGUAUAGCGAGUUAAUGUGGUACUGUUGCACUCAUAAUGUUUGUAUCUUCUCCACCAAUAACACGGAAUGCGGAAGGCUACUGGAGGAGAUCAAGUGUGCCCGCUGCUCACCACACAGCCAGGUGCUUUUCCACCCGCCAACCACAGAGGAUGCCUCACACCACGAGUCUGGCCUCCCACGACUCUGCCAUGACUACUGUCGGGAGUUCUACUAUACCUGCAGGGGCCAUGUUCCAGAGCUGUUCCAAGCAGAUGUUGAUGAGUUCUGCCAGUACUAUGGGAGGAGAGACAGCGGCCUGUGCUUCCCUGACUUCCACAGGAAGCAAACUCGGGGACCAGCCACCAACUACUUGGACCUGGAAGAUGAAAAUAUGGAGAAUAUCAACAGGAAGCACAAGCACAACUGUUACUGCGUUCGAGAAGUACUUGCUGGCCUGCGGCAACCGGUGGGGGCAGUCCAUUGUGGGGAUGGCUCUCAGCGCCUCUUCCUCCUGGAGAAGGAGGGCUACGUGCGCAUCCUCACACCUGGGAUGGAGCUGCUCCGCGAGCCCUUCCUGGACAUCCACAAGCUGGUUCACAGUGGCCUGAAGGGAGUAGAUGAACGAGGGCUCCUGAGUCUUGCCUUCCACCCCAAUUACAAGAAAAACGGAAAGUUGUACGUCUCCUACACAACCAACCAGGAGCGCUGGGCUGUUGGACCACAUGACCACAUUCUCCGCGUGGUUGAAUACACAGUCUCCAGGAAAAACCCCAACCAGGUAGACAUGCGAAGCACGCGGGUGCUCAUAGAGGUAGCCGAGCUGCACCGGAAGCAUCUGGGUGGCCAGCUGUUGUUCGGUCCCGACGGCCUCCUACACAUCGUUCUUGGUGAUGGCAUGAUCACACUGGAUGACAUGGAAGAGAUGGAUGGGCUAAGUGAUUUCACGGGUGCUGUGCUGCGGGUUGAUGUGGACACAGACUGCUGCAGUGCUCCAUACUCCAUCCCCAGGGGCAACCCCUACUUCAAUAGCACCAACCAGCCACCGGAGAUCUUUGCACACGGCCUACAUAACCCAGGCAGGUGCGCCGUAGACACACGCCCUGCAGACACCAAUGGGAGCCUCCUGAUUCUGUGCACUGACUCAAGUGGUCGAAAUUCCAGCACCGGCCGGAUCCUGCAGAUAAUGAAUGGGAAAGACUAUGAGCAUGAGCCUCCCAUUCUCAACCUGAAAUCCUCUGGCAGCGCACCUCCCGUGGGCGGUUUCAUCUAUCGCGGCUGCCAGUCCAGGCGCUUGUAUGGAAGCUACGUAUAUGGGGACAGAAACGGCAACCUGCGGAUCCUCCAGAAACUCCCAGGAGGGCGUGCGUGGCAGGAGAAGACUUUGUGCCUGGGCAGUAGCUCUGCCUGUGGCACCUCCCUUAGUGGACAUGUCCUAGGAUUCGGGGAAGACGAGCUGGGUGAAGUUUACAUACUGGCCACCAGCAAGAGCAUGACUCAGUCCAAUACCGGGAAGCUGUACAAGCUGGUGGACCCAAAAAGACCCUUGUUUCCCAAGGAGUGCCAGCGACCUGUAGAGACACCAGAGCUUCUGGGGAUGGCCUGCGCCAGGCAGUGUAGGAAUGGGGUGUGUACCCCUACAGGCAGGUGUUGCUGCAGUCCAGGCUGGGAAGGUCCACUCUGCAGAGCAGCCAAAUGCGAGCCAGCUUGUCGCCAUGGUGGGGUCUGUGUGGAACCCAACAAGUGCCUCUGCAAGAGCGGCUAUUCCGGAGCACGCUGCGAAAAAGGGGAACAUGGCACAGCCCAGGGAGCCCCAGACGGCAUUCUGGACCACAUCAUAGACAUGACAUCUUAUCUGUUAGACCUCACCAGCUACAUUGUGUAGGUCAAACGUUGGAGACCUCUCUCAUCAAUAUGCUUCCAGUCCGUCACUUGCUCCCAUCAGCCUCACCCCGGUGCUCGCAGUCUGGAUCCCCCAAGACCUGACAUCAGAGACCCGUGAGAUGCCAAAAUGCCCCACCAACUCUGCGCCACCCCCUCCUGGCUCUCUGAUCCGUGAGACUCGGAUGUCGUUGGCGCAAUGAAGGGAAGCUCCUCAUUGUCCCCAAAGGCUCUCAUCACAGGUCUUGGUCAACUUUGUCCCAGAACAGGACCACUAAUGGCUCCUUGCAACAGUUCUCUUGUUCUUAGCAUCUUGCCGUGGAACUCAAGAUGCCCACACUUCUCUUGCAUGAAGCGCUUGACCAGCUGUGGUCCUGAAACAAAACAGCUCUCCUUCACUGAAACACUGUGGAGACGACUCAAUGCUGAUAAACAAAAUAUCUGGAACUUCAUUGAUAGCAGACUUUAAAACCCAAUAAGAUGAGCCUCAAAUACUAAAAUGUCCAUUAGAAGCUGAACUAUCUUAAAAAUUGAGUAUAAAAAGGCCAAGUCACAUCUUAUUUGCAUAUCCAGAAAUGUUGGACUUUGUGCGUUCUGCCUAGGAGGGUAUAAGUGACUCUUGGCUUCAUAAAGCAUCUACAGCGCAUGGGAUGUGGUAAAAGCUCAUCCCACACUGUAAGCAUCUGUGUUGUUUAGAGAAAACUACAAUACAAUUUUCCAAAGCGCGUAUUUAAAAAACACUGAUGCAUUGGUUUCAUUUGCUGUUGAGUACAGUGUCGUCAAGACUAGCAGCAGAACACGGACUUGAAUAGUCCAACACAGCUCUUCUUUCAUCUGAAGUCACUUCUAUUUUGCAACUCUUUGGAAUGGAAUGGAAUAAUCACUCUAGACGGUUUCAUGUAAACAGAAACUGAGUUUUCUUUUUUUUUAAACCGUUGAUGUCAAACCUGUGUGUUCUCCUGUUGCACACGAGAGUAAACUCUUUUGCCCAUGAAGCUGGAGAAUGUACAUUUUAAAUCUACACAAAGUGAAUUUUGCUUGCAUUCACAUAGAAGUCGAUUCACGCGUAUCUUGGUUUUGUAAAGCAUUUGACUUGUACUGCUAAAGUUUCCUCUAAGAAAACAAGAGAAUAUCUUUUACUAUGUAAUAUUUAGUUUCAUCAGACUGAUUGGAUUUCAUCUAUCUACUAACUUUUCUUACUAUUGAUAGAAUCAGAGAGCUAAUAGUGCUCAUAUAAAAGUAUAUCAGGAAAGUCUUAUCAUGCUUACAGGGGCUUUUAAUUGUUCAGAAAGUGCCACUGAAUUUAGUUUUUUUAAAUAUAUAUUUUUUUAACUCAAGACCAUGCAAGCUGCUUGAUAAACUAUUCGAUUCUGUUCAUAACCCAUAUGCUGUGUUUCUUAAUGGCCAGUGUUCUUCUGACUUGUUGGCGUUGGAGACUCUCUGCAUAACACUGCGGACAAGAAAAGCAGACGUUCUGUUAAAGCUGUUUCUCUAGUUAGCCUUUCCUCAGCAAUGGGUAUUACCUUACAACCAGUGAGCAGCUUUCCACUGGACAUUUAAAUGUUGUGUACAGGAACAUGCAGGUGAAGGAAGAAGCUUUGACCAACACACACAUCAAAAGGGUUACGUACAUGCAGUCUGACUCAUUUCCAUCGGAACAGUUUGAGGUUUAACUACUAUGUACGGUAUAAUGUUAACACUUUAUGGUCCUGUUUUCAGAUGCAGGCAAAGUGUAUCUGAAACAAGGGUAGUGGUCCAUUCUGAACUGGGGAUUCCUAUUAAAAGGAUUCCAGGGGCCCAGAAUAUAGCCCAGUUGACCAGUCAGAUCCAACCCAGCCGCUAUCUGUCUGCCUGAAAACAUUCAGCAUCCGUACAGCAUAAGCCACCAGAAAUGGGAAACAGACAGCAAAGCACCUUUUUUUUUACAGGAAAAACAAAAACUACAAAAUGUUGAGAAACAAUGAAGCAUUUGUGUUGAUUCGCAAGACAUUGUUUUCAUUGCAUAAAAUAAUAUAUGGGAGAUGUUGGAGUUAAUACUGUUUUGCUUUCAGGUAAAUAGAUGUAAAUUUGUUAUUUCUGUUUUCUCCUGCAUGUCCUUUUUCAGUACAGUAUUUAUCACCUGAAAGACAUUUAAUCAGUUUGUUCAGGAAUGUCUUCAAUAUAAACUGGGUGCCUAAUUAGAAACAUGAAUAAUUUUUCUUAACGUAAGAUGCUGAUAAAAUUCCCUUUUACGUCUUUGUGUUUCAUUGUCACUAAAUUAUUCUGUAUUUUAUUUUCAUGUGGUCUAUAUUUUGAUCCAGGCAUCAUGUAUGACACAGAGCUUAAUUUUAAAAAAGUUUCUUCUGCCUUUUAUAAAGAUUUUCUAAAAUAAAUUGAUCCCGAAUGUAUAGAUUUUUAUGGUUCUGUUAAGAAGGACACGUGUAAAGGUAGAGGUAAAUUAUAACCAUGUGUAGUUUAAGUAAUGGUUUCUUGCAUCCAUUACCCUUGCUAUCCAACCUCCAAAGGGGAUUGAUAUCUGUUAGUAAAUAAUGAUCAAAAUUCCAUUGAAAUAAACACCUGUUCCAUUAACUUAUUGCUUCCAUUAAAAUUCCCUCUUUUUUUCUCCCCAGGUGAAAUAUUUUACAUCCUUUAGUGAUAGACAGCUUAUCAAAUACUCUGCUGUAAUCAGGAAGUUUUGUUCUAUGAUUGUAACGCAAAUAGGCUAAAAUCAAGGUAUUUCACUAGAGCUUUAAUGUCAGACUUUCUGUGAGAUGCCACAGCCUCCAUCGCAUAUUCUUCUAGAAAUUGUGUGAGUACUAGUGCUCAUCAAACAGCCUUUCACAUUCGAAUCAUGCUAACAAUCAUCAGGGUUUUUAAAACAAUGGAAAAUAUUGUGUUGUAGCACUGUUCAUAGAUUUACACAAGUUCCAGCUGAAACAAAAUCAUUUUCAUUGUUCUUUGGAUUUUUUUUUUCUGUGUGCUAUUGGUUCUAUAUGAAAUAGUAAGUUUUAAUAGAAUUCAUGCUGUAAGUUUUAAAAAUCCAUAAUUUUAGCACUUAAUGUGAAACGUAUUCAAGCUGCUGAGAGGGCCUUGUGAAUAGAAUGACCAUUUUCAUUAUUUAAGUAGUUAUGCGAAAGUUAUUUAAAUCCUCUACGUUGUUU